UCAGUCGAUCGGAAACCUUCACCGAGAAAAGUUGGUUUUUCCUUGAAGCCCAUUCGUAGCCCGCCUCGCUCGUUGGUGUGUGACUUUUACGGCACUGGUUGUUUUCUUUCGUCUGGUUUGGGUACGUUCACAGUUAACAGCAGGCAGCAGCGGUGCAAUGUUGUUACUUCCUAAGUGGAUGCACCAAGUGAUGUUCGGUGUUAUCAUGUUUAUUUAUGAGUCCACAUAAUAGCCAAGUGUUAAUGUGGAAAUUAGGGGAGCUUCGGCAGCGCAAACAGUUUGUUUAUCGCCGGCAGUUCAGGAAAGUCAAAGCGAAAAUAGUUAGAAUCGGGAGAGUGGCUAAGUUAAGUACCAAAUCGACUGCCGUUGAGAGGUUUUGGUACAGCCAGAGAAGAGCCGCGGAGAGCGAUUGCACCGAUCCCAAAAGGGAUCGCACGAUCGUUGGACGUGAAGUAAACUAGUCGUUUUUGUCGGAUGCUGCGGCUGCUGCUGACCGGUCAAAAGAGAGCGCUAGGCGAUUCAUUCACCGUUCGAUCGCGGUUGACGUGAGUUUUACGUACCAGCACAACGCGCGCGCUAAAGUGGAAAAUAAGUGCGAGCUAGCGAGAUACAAAUCGGUACAGUGAAAGAUAUUCAUGUUUUUAUUUUUUUUUGUUCUGUCUAAAUCUGCAUGGUUUUGCGCGAGUGUUUUCUGAUACGGCUUGAAUUUAUUUUAGUUAUUUCAUACUCGUUUCGCGAAUAUACGCGAUUGAGAAGCUGCUUCGUUUCGGUCGGUGUGCGGUGCUUAUUGCCAAAAAGAAAAAUAACCGGUGUGGGUUUGUGAACGAAGAUUCGGAGUUUUUUUUCUGCAUUGUUUCUAUCAAGGUCUCGGUCAAUUUAGUGCAUACUUUUGAUUCAAUGUGAAGGUUUUGCGGAUGGUUCAAUAACCUUGAACUGUACGGUGUUUCGAUAGUUACGCAGUGAGGAAAACGUUUUUUCUUCAGCUGGGGAAAUUACGACUGUUUUAUUUUUGUGGAAAGUGAACGUUCAAAGAUUGAUUUGGGUUUAUCGUCCGGCUGUAGAUUGUGUUUACCGAUAAGUGCUACAAACGAACUGACAGGAUUCGGAUGUAUUUCGGACGGCAUUAAUUACAAAUGAGAAAAGCUGAUUAAAAAAGACGCGAUGCCAACUGUCAAACCAGGACUGCUCUCUGGAAGUUUGGACAUUUGAGAAAGACAGCACGACACGAGACACUCCUGUAGCUGCUCCUCAACGACAGUUGCACGCGUACACCCGGCCUCCGACUACCAGCGGAAGAGAAAGAUUGAUUGCGAGGCUGAUUGCGCGAUUCCAUCACGACGACGACCGCCUCCUCUAUCGCGCGUUUCCCGGUGCAGCAGUACUUAACGAAACAACAAGGAAAACCACACCACCACAAAUACACAAAUACAACGAUGGCGUCAUCAGGGAUGACGUCAAAUCCGAUCGGGCAUCGGGCGUUUCUGUUCCUGGCGUUUUCGCUGUUGCUCGUAAUACCAUCAUCAUCCUGUUUAUCAUCCUCUUCGAGCACGUUUCUCCCGCUACCGGCGGAAGCCUUCAGCUGCCCUCAUGGGUGCCAAUGUAACGACAGUAGCGUAACCUGUACCAGCGUGUCCGGCUUGCGAAGUAUCGACAAAAGCUUACCCAUCAAUCGGUUGGUGCUGUCCGGCCUAGAACUGACUAAAAUUCCCGCCCAGCUGGAAAACAUCCGGAACAUCACCGAACUGGAUCUGUCCAACAAUCACCUCUCGGAGGUUAAUCAUCUCGGCAAGCGGAUACGGAAGUUGAACUUGAGCCAAAACAAAAUCACUUCCGGCAAACUAGGCAAGGUGCCUUCGUUCGUGGAGUCGCUGAAUUUAACGCAUAAUGAAAUUACCUACCUGCCGCUACAUUUGAUGAAGCUGAAAAAGCUGCGCUACAUCGAACUGGCCGAUAAUCCGAUUAAUUGUACGUGCGAAACGUUGCAUAUUCGCAAUUGGCUGACGACUCGGCACGUAUGGUCCGAUCAGCACAUCAAAUGUAAUGCUCCGCAGGAGUUCAAGGGACGACCUUGGUUGCAGGUCAAACAGGCGGAUGUCUGCCAUGAAACCGUUGGGCGAUCCGGUGGCUACAACUGGGAUGAUUUCGAGGAUGAAAACGAUCUGAUGCUGGGAGAUCAAGCGAAUCUGGAUGCGGGUGAAGAGCAGAACGACGACGAGGACGAAGAUGUGGACGAUUUUGAUAAGGAAUAUUUCCCCGUUGCCGAAACGGUCAAGUCUAAGGAUCCUCCGAUUGAGAUUCAAAACGAUGAAGAACAGGCGGCUGACGGUGGUUCGGGUGAUGGGGCUCCGGUGGCGAUUGGUGAAGAGGAGAAAGAAGGAGCUAGAAAGGUGGUUGAUGUUGCACCGUCCGAGGUAUCUGAUGAGGAGGAAAGUGUAACCGCUCCGGGUGUGGUGCGAGUGGGUCAGAUUCAGAAUGCUGUGGAGGGCGGAGAUGAUGAUGAUGAUGGAAGUGGCAGUGGAGGCGGAGUGCUUAUUGGUAUAGAAGAUGUAUCCAAAGGGGUCAGAACGGAUGAUGGUUUUGUGGAUGGUGACGAUGUUACGGGGGAUGAUAGUGAGGAGAAACCGAUUUCAUCUCCUGGUGGUUUGGGAAUCUUCGGCAAGGGGCUGAAUGAUGAUACAACUACUUCCUCGACGACGGAGUCGUUUGUGGCUGCGGUAAUUCCCAUGGUAGGCUCAAUAGAAGCAGACAAAGAUUCAACUAGCGUUGGAACUGAUGGCACCACUGCCGAAGAAGAUCAGGCUCUGUCUGAGGAUCCAACUCGUGCCAAUACAGAUAGCCAAGGAACGUAUAUUUUGCUAGCAAUUCUGGCCAUACUCCUUGUUUCGCUUAUAUUGCUAGUUAUGUGCAAACGAAAACCGGAUGCACGAAAUCGCCGAGAUAAAAACGACGUGGAGACCGGCAAUGGUCGCGAGCUGCAGGAUAUGGACAAAAACCUACUGGGAAAGCCAAUCGAGAAAAAUGGCCACAAUCCACCGGAACGAAUUCCCUUAAUGAAUGACAAAUCAGAUCACGACAAGGUGUUCAACGAUAAACCCAACAACUACACUCCAGCCAAACCCGAGAGAACCUCCCUGGAGAAACCAACGAUGGAAUCCUUCAAGCCUGUUCCUGCCGAUCGAAACAAAAGCAAGGAAAGCCUCUAUGAAAACAUGCCACAAAAUAAUAAUAACAACAACACCGUUCCGAUGCAGAAUGGCAACGGCUCGGUAGCGCCGAUCAGUAACGGCGACCCGGCCGGAGUACAUCUGCCACACCACAACAAUGUGCCAUCACAGAAUGACGAAGUGUUCCUACCGCCAAACGGCAACCCGAACCAGUUGCACCCGGAGCCACCAGCGGGCACGGUCGAGUCACCUAAAUCCAAGCGUUACAGUCCCAUCUACGUGCCUACAUCUCCCAAGUCGGACCGCUACAGUCCGGUUUACUCGCCGGAAACCGGCCGCGUUAAGAUUAAGCUUAUCGAGACGCCCAAACCGAAAACUCCGAUCCUGGUCACGCGAAGUCGAUCGAGAGCCGGAGAUUACAUAACAACACCGGACCAGAAGUUCUGAUUUCGGCGCUGCAAUCCACAAUAACGACGGUGCACGCUGCGGAUCCUGCUACUGCAGCAAACUUCCUAGCGAUUCGCGGACGUCACGAAUCCAGUGACGACCACGAGCAUAUCUAAUCCGGACGUUCAGUCGUCUGUAUUUUUAAUUCAAAGCUAAUAUCGCCGUUAUCGGGCGGACACACAAGGCCUUUGCGCCUUGCGCAUUCGUCCACGAUAAGGUAAAAGAGUAAAUCGAGUCAAUUUUUGGAACCAGAUAAACAACAUCUGUUUAGAAACGAUAAAACUUUUCUUUAUCCAGCAGAUUACGAGCGCUCAAAACAGUAACUUGGUAGGUAGGAAGAUCGCUGGGUUGAAUAGCGAAUUUAUGUUAAGUUCUACAUCUUGAACAAACUCGCUGAGCUUUGACAGUUAAAGCAAUCAUCCGCAAAGAAAAGUAAAACCGCACAAACAAACCAUUAAUAUCCGUUGAAAUAUAUGUACACUAAAGAAUGACGGGUGACCAUACAAAGUAAUUGUUAAACAAAGAUUGCAUGUAUAGAAACAAUAGCGUGACAAACCAAACAGGAUAAGUGAACUCUGCAAAGCGAAUGUUAAAUUGUGAUAGUCAUCCGAAUGUUAUACCCUUCUGAUAGUACGAACAGAACUGGCAUCCAAUCGUCGAAAGCAGAACUUCUUCCCAAUAACACAAAAGACCGUUUCACUUUAAGAUUUUGUUUUUAAAAUGUACAUAUUAUGAAAAUCGCUAAACAAAAGAAGAAAAAAGAACAAUCCUUCCAAAAACAUUACGUGACUCACACCUUCAACAAUGUUCUGUCUGAUAUUAUGAUAUCUGCAUGUUAGAAAGUACGUACAAGGCGAUCAAACAUGUUCUACUAGUUGGUGGUAAUUAACAGUGAAAAAAUAUCGUUAGUACUAUUGCCCAUCUUAGGAAGUAAAUAAUAAUUCAACACCACAUUUUAAGGUUGAAAUCGAUUUUUUUAUUCGUCGAGAAAAAAGCAACAAUCUAUCUAGGCUUACAAACUUUAGAGAUUUACCAAAUGGCUGCCUUAUCGAGAAAUUUGAAGAGAAAAUUUGGAAGCAACAAAAAAGCAAUUAGCAAUAACUAAAAAUUAAAACUAGAGCCCAAAUGAAAGGAGAAGAGAAAAUUUGAAAAAAUAAGUUUACGUCGUGCGGGAAUUUAAUGAUUGUUAAGUUUUAAUAAUUUAACGAAAGGUAAAUGCUACGUGUAUGUAUUUAAAUCUAAAAUAAAUUAUAUUAGUCGUUUACAAACUAAAA